AUGGAACUUCCUGGCGAGGCCGAGGGCGACAGCGCAAACCUCUGCCUCUACCAAGUCUCGCCUCCCGUGCUGCCGGAUCAGCUCAUCAAGCUACGCACCGAUGCGUUGAUUUCCGACGUUUUGGAACCACGUCGCUCCCAUAUCAUGCUGUUCUGGUCCCCAGAAGACGUCGAGCAGAUCGAGGACGACGCCAUCUACGACAUCGACAAUGUCACGAAAUUCGACGAGGACUGGGAUAUAGUGAAAUUGAAAUUGAAAUUACGCGGUGUUUACAAGCUCUCUAUCGCCCGAGCGCGCGCAUGUGCAGCAGCGCCCGCGAACUAG